GCGACAGGCUAUGGUACUUGCCACACUUUGGAGUCGAAAACCCGAACAAGCCGGAGAAGGUUCUGUUGGAGUCUGUGGUGACAUCAGGGAGAUGUUCCAUCAGGUCCUGAUCCAACCCGAAGACAGAUGUUCCCAACGGUUUCUGUGGAGAGAUGGCGAUGACAGAAGAGAUCCUGACAUCUACGAGAUGAUCGUAAUGACCUUUGGAGCAGCCUGCUCGCCAAGCGCUGCGCAUUACGUGAAGACUGUGAAUGCUGAACAGUUUCGACAUUCGGAUCCAAGAGCAGUCAAGGCCAUCAUCGACUGUCAUUAUGUGGAUGACUAUGUGGACAGCUUUGCUACCGAAAGCGAAGCGUAUCUACCCGAGUGAAGGAGAUACAUGCGAACG